AUACGUUAGUGAAGGGGAAAACAGACACACGGCGGCCUCUUAAGGCUUUAAAAUGGCUGUUUUUGCCGUUUUGUUUUCGGCAGUGAUGCUCCUUGCUGUUGUACCAGCCUGGACCGAAAAACACUCCCUCUACUACAUAUACACAGCUUUAUCCAGACCUGUCGACCUACAGGGCAUCUAUGAAUUCACUGCAAUGGGUUUGCUUGAUGACAGACAGAUUGACUAUUACAACAGCGAACAGCAGAAGAAGAUUCCUAAACAGCACUGGAUGAAAGAGAAAAUGCAGGAAGAUUACUGGGAAAAAGGCACCCAGUCCAGAAAGAGCAAAGAACAGUGGUUCAAUGUGAAUGUCAACAUUCUGAUGGACCGUAUGAGACACAAUAAAUCAGAUGUUCAUGUUCUUCAGUGGAGACAUGGUUGUGAAAUUGAGAGUCAGGGCAAUGAACUCCGGUUUUCCAGAGGCAUUGAUGAGUACAGCUAUGAUGGAGAAAACUUCCUGGCUUUUAAUGAUGCGGAGUCUCAGUGGGUUGCCCCAGUGGUCGCAGCUCUUCCAACCAAGAGAAAAUGGGAUAAUGUGCCCAUCCUAAAUCAGUACACCAAGGGCUACCUGGAAAAAGAGUGUGUGGACUGGCUCAACAAAUUCAGAGAAUAUGGAGAUGAGGAGCUCAGACAAGUCUCUCCCCCAGAUGUUCAUGUGUUUGCAAGGAGCAUUAUCAAUGGCAAAGCCAAGCUAAAACUCAUUUGUCUGGCCACUGGAUUCUACCCCAAAGAUGUGUAUUUGACCAUAAGGAAAUACCGCACGGCACUGUCUAAUGACGUAGAAUCCUCAGGAGUUAGACCAAACCACGAUGGGACCUUUCAGCUGAGAAAGAGCAUUUACAUCUACGAGGAUGAAAAAGCAGAAUAUGACUGUUAUGUGUCCCACAAAACCCUUGGAGCACCAAUUAUCAAAAAAUGGGAUGGGAAAUGCAGCGAGCAUUUCUCCAAGGCGACGCUCCUAGGUAUAAUUGUUGGAGCGAUAAUCGGAGCGGUGAUUGUGCUGACAGUCAUUGGUGUGGCAAUUUUGGUCUUAAGGAGGAAGAAAGCUCUCAAGAAACCCUUUUACAAAAACGUGAGGGAGUCCAAAAAUAAACCGACAGCUGCAGAAGGACAAUCUACUGGUGGAGAUCUGAAAAGUUAAAGUCGGAUUAUUUUGGAAAAUUUGUAUUUGCAGAAUGACAGUUGAAUCACUUCUGAAAAUGUGGUUUAGUUCAUUAUAUUUUUUCUUACCUUAUUACUCCUACAUCUAAAAUAUGAAAGUAGACAAAUUUUCAAUA